CCUUAUUAAUGAUCAAUCUCUUCAUUAUUAUAAAUCUUAUUCUCUAAAACCCUGAGUUAAUUAUGGGCUGAGAUGUUAUAUUCUAAACCUCACUAUUUAGGAGAUUGUUUUGUGUGGAAAGUUCCAAUGGAAAAAAAGGUUAUAAUUUAUUCGUUGAUAGAUGAUAUUCUGUUGGAACUAGAUUGCUGUUACAUUCAUGAAGAAAAUAGAAUCUCUUGUGUUUUUUUCCUAUACCUUUGUGUCAUGUUGAAUUAAGAAAGAGGAAGAAUUCCUUUUUCUCAAACCUCUACUUCUAUGAGAAGGAGGACCUUUCUGGUGCAGUGCUGAACUGAUGUACUUACCCAAAACUCAUUCUGGGGGACCAUGAUUCUGAUAUACUUAAUGGAGCUGAAUUUUGUUCAUUCAGAGUACAUUCCAUUUACUUGAAAAUUAUGGGACAUAAUUCUUGACAAAUGUAGAUAAUUAAAGAUUUGUCAGUCAAAUUCUUUGAUUAUUCUUAGGAGAACUGGAAGUAUAGCAGUCAAAGCACUGGUUUCAAGUAACAGCAUUAUAAAUAUAUUCACAAUAAAUACAGGCUUACACCAGAUUUUUACUAGGCAUCUUACAAAUUAGGCUUCCACAAGCUGCUGCUUAUUUUACUGAUAAUUUACCUCAUUAAAGGAGUCCAUAGAAAAAUAAUCUUUAGUUUAUAUUUUUAUAUGCUCUUUAUGAGUGAAGCAUAUUUGACUUGAUAAUUGGUGACAUCAGGAUAAAAAUUCUUGUUUCAGGGCCAUCAUUAAAAUUGUUACUAUGGUGUGGACGUGAAGAAGUCCUUCCAUCCUCGUUUAUCUGCCUAUACAUUUUACUAUGAUGAAGAAAUGAUUGUGAGGUGAAAGUCCAUCUUUUCAACUGUAGGGAAGAGAAGCUAAAGUACCUGUCUUGAGCUGGGCCCAAGUUUCUUCAUUGCCACGGCUGCCUGUCCAGCAGACCUGCUUACGAGAGCCAGAGGGAUGGUGGUAGUUACAGGGCAGAACAAAGUGAGUGGAAACCCGGAUGAUGCCAUGUCGAGCUCAGAUGCAGAGGAUGAUUUCCAAGAGCCAGCCACUCCUACUGCAACCCAGGCAGGACAGUCGCUACCUCUGCUGCCUCAGCAGUUUCCAGAAGUUGUUCCACUAAACGUCGGAGGCAUGUGUUUCACAACAAGACUGUCAACGUUGAGACGUUAUGAGGACACAAUGUUGGCGGCUAUGUUCAGUGGAAGACACUAUAUUCCAACAGAUGCUGAAGGCAGAUAUUUUAUUGACAGAGAUGGAACUUACUUUGGAGACAUACUUAACUUUCUGCGAUCUGGUGACCUGCCACCUAGAGAACGAGUGAGGUCAGUUUACAAGGAAGCUCACUAUUACUCCAUAGGACCGCUGCUAGACAGUCUAGAGGAUGUCCAGCCCCUUAAAGGAGAAAAAGUUAGACAAGCUUUCCUCGGCCUAAUGCCAUAUUACAAAGAUCAUUUGGAACGGAUAAUCGAAAUAGCAAAGCUUAGAGCUAUGCAAAGAAAAGCGAGAUUUGCAAAAUUGAAGGUUUGUGUCUUCAAAGAAGAGAUGCCCAUCACUCCCUAUGAAUGCCCACAUUUCAACUCUUUACGUUUUGAAAGAAGUGAAAGCGAGACAAAGCUGUUUGAACAUCAUUGCGAAGUAGAUGUGUCUUUUGGCCCCUGGGAGGCCGUGGCUGAUGUAUAUGAUCUUCUGCACUGUAUUGUGACAGACCUGUCUGAUAGAGGGAUAACUGUGGAUCAUCAGUGCAUUGGUGUGUGUGAUAAACACCUGAUAAAUCACUAUUACUGCAAGCGUCCUAUUUAUGAAUUCAAGAUUACUUGGUGGUGAGUUAUUUUGUCCAGAAUGGUGCAGGGGGAAAAAGGACUUCUAGAUGACAACUGCUGUUAAUAUUUCUGCAACGUGUCUCUGGAAAUGCAUUGCUGCUAACAUAUAUAUUGGAAUCAAUCUGCUGAAAUGUUGGCUAAUGCUUAGCUGCUCAGCGAAUGGGAACCUGUUACAGAGUAAGGUCUUGAAAAACCAGCCUGAAACAAGACUGUUGGCUCAGGUACCUUAACGAGGCACAAAACAAAAUCACCUCAUGGAAAUUAUACAGAGAGGAGCAUCUAACAUCUUUUAAAAGGUGCCACUUACCAUGUGGCUUUAGCAUCAUAAGUCUGCAAAAUGGAUAUUACAGAUCUCACCUGCAUUAUUUUAAAGCCAUGGGUGCUAAUAAUGCUGACAUAAUGUGAUUGAAUUUUACCCACUUAGAAAUAUUUUAAUCACUACUUAAACUUACCACUUUAUAAAGUUGAGUGAGUAACACCCAGCACAGAGAUUCUGGAAAUGUAAUUUUGACAUAAUAGACCAUUUUUUUGGAGAAAGGCAUAUUUCCUAUAUAUUACUAUUUGUUGUGAUUAUUAAACUAUAUUUCUUUUUUAAUUAGGAAUCUGCAUUGUGAAUUAAAAUAUUAUAUUUCAAUUAUUUCCAUUCUUAUAAAAAGGAAUAGCAGAUUUGGAAUAUAUUCCUUAAUGCUUUUAGGAGUAAUUACUGUUCACAAAAGACUUGUGCCUGUUUUUAGCCUUAGAAAUUCUAAAUGUUUACAGUAUCUACAAAAAAGAAGCUCUAUAGAAUCAGGUCAUUUGCAAAGGCUUUUGGUAAAUGAGAAAACCCUGUAUGUAUGUUCCUGUUACCAAAAUAAGAGGAAUAUUUAAUGUGUAUUAUUUUAUUACUGGCUCUUUUUACAUUUGGUGAUAUUAAACUUUGUUCUAGAGUUAGAGUUGAACGAGGAUACUAGAUAAGUGCUUCCUUCACCUCACCUUCUUCAGAAAAUUAAGUCUCCUUUGUAAUGUUUUUGUUGACCUUUCCUGGUGCAAUAUCAGGAAGUAUUUUUUUUCGACCUGCAUACUUAAAUGUUUCGCCAGUUAUCAGCCCUGUAUCUGAGUAGUAAUGUCUCCAGGCUGAGAGAGACAGCCGUUGGAGAAUCAUAUUCUUUUUCAAAAGGCAGUUGUUGCACUUCUGACCUUAGUGACCAUCUCCUGAAGUUGAAUAGUUUACAACUGAAAUGAAAAGACAGAUCUGAACAUCUGAAGGUAUUACUGUUUUAUGGGGUAUAGAAAACUCAAAUAUUUUCAAAAUACCUCACUUGAAGUGAACGCAAAAUAAUCUUGGGGAAGGAGGGAAAGUAAAUGUUACGUUUUCAUAUUGCAUUCCAUUGGAUUAAUUAAUCCAAGUAGCUUGCUUAGUUAAACUUCUGACCAAAACAGUUUUAAGAAACAUGAAUUAAUAAUGAUGAUCAAAACUCUCAGUAAACUGAGGUAGUUUUUAGAAUAAUUAUAAGAACUUUAUGGUCAAAUUGUCUUGUAAAAAUAUUUUAAAGAAGACAACCGUUUGCAUUGAUUAACCUUCAUACCUCUAUGUUUUUAAUUUAGGAUUUUUUAGUAAACUUUUCCUGAGGUGGGGACAUACAGCUGUAAUUUUCCAUUUCCAAAUGUUUUAUAACAGAGGAUCAUUGUCAAGUGCUGAGUUUCAAGUCCAGAGCUUAGGUUUUGAACUGAGAGGAGGGAAGAAAAAUAAGAAUUGCCUGUAUUAGGAUUUUUUAAAGUUGGUUGAAACUGUUUUCUUAAAUAUUGACCUUUGCAUUACUUGUACAAGUCACUGUACUUGUACUUGACAACCUAAAACAAGAACUGAAAUUAAUAAUGUUUCCCUAAAGUGAGAGGAAGCUUGCAUGGUUUCUUCACUUCUAUGCUGGCUUUUUUUUCCAGGGAAUCUUAAGUUGUACUCCAGAGUUUCUAAUAAAAUGCCAUAAGUUCUUAAAGCUGAGACUUAGAAAGUUUCGGCUGCGUGUACCCUUGAAAGAUUUAAGUUCAAGGUCUUCAGCAUCAGUUUAUUUAGAGACUGCGAUGAGAACUGCAGUUUUGCUUGGUUAUUGAGUGUUCUUUGCUGUUUCCCAUGUAAGUUUUUUCAUGGGAUAUAACUCUGGUUUGAAUAUCAGCACUACUUACAGAAACAGAACACAGUUUGACUUUGUUUUUUGGUUUGGCUUUAAUAAUUUUUCAGCUGUUACACUAGAGAAGCUACAAUAGCAAAAUUGCUGUUCCCAGUCACAUUUGCUAUUUCUUAAUAUUCAUGCACUAAUAUUUUAUAGUUUUUUCCUGUUUAAAAACCAAAACAAGUAAGGAAGACUAUCUAAUCAAAAAGAUUAAAAUGAAAAUCUUGGUCUGUAUCAGUUGCAUCUUAAUUGGAACUUUCAUCCUUCAGAUCUUCCAGAAGACAGAAAACAUUAAGUGCAAUAUUAAAAAAGAAACCACAGAUUUGAGCCAACAUGCUUUCAUUAAACACAUACAGUCUAUGUCUUGUGAUUUGUGCAAAUUAACAAUAUUGUUAUUGACUACACUUGUUUUACACAGUCUUUGUUUACAGUGAUUUAGAUGAUAUUGCCUAAUAUGUAUUCAUUUUUUGACAGAAACAGAAGAGUUGUGCAGGAGGAUGUCAGGGGAGUAUAAUCUAAUAACUGGUUUAUAUAACGUUAUUGACUUACCUUUUCUUGGUGUAUAGCAUAAUUUUUGAAAUUCUUCAUUUGCAACAAAAAUGUGAGUAGCUGAUCUCUAAAUCCAUGUUUAAGAUGACUGAUGUUUUUGUAUAUCAUGAAUGGUAUAUAAUUGUCUAAUUAAACCUAAUGCUUAUGUAA